GCGUCGCUGACCUCGGAGCGGGGACGCGAAGGGGGCAGCCCAGAGGGCGGGAAGAAGGGGGGCGCGGGGGAGAAGGGGGCCGAGACGGAAGUCGAGGGGCCCCCCGGGUGGAAGUGACGCUGCCCCCGCUGCCCAAAAUGUCGGCGCCCAGAGGGAGGUAGAGCCGGCGGGCAGCACUGUCCACACACCAGGCGACCAUGGAGGAGGCCGAGCCGCCUGCGCCGCCGGCGCCCACCGCCGCCCCCGCCGCCCCCGCCACCCCGCGGGUCCCCUUCCACUGCAGCGAGUGCGGCAAGAGCUUCCGCUACCGCUCGGACCUGCGGCGCCACUUCGCCCGGCACACGGCGCUGAAGCCGCACGCCUGCCCGCGCUGCGGCAAAGGCUUCAAGCACAGCUUCAACCUGGCCAACCACCUGCGCUCGCACACGGGAGAGCGCCCCUACCGCUGCUCCGCCUGCCCCAAGGGCUUCCGCGACUCCACGGGCCUGCUGCACCACCAGGUGGUCCACACCGGGGAGAAGCCCUACUGCUGCCUGGUGUGCGAGCUGCGUUUCUCCUCCCGCUCCAGCCUGGGCCGCCACCUCAAGCGCCAGCACCGCGGGGUGCUGCCUGCGCCCCUGCCGCCCGCGCCCGGCCUGCCCGCCCUCAGCGUGCCCUGCGCCGCCUGCUGCAACGCGGGGCCGUGCUCCGUGUGCGGGGGCGCGGGCGGCGGGGACGGCGCCGACGGGGCGGGCGCGGGCGCGGGCGGCUGGGGGCUGGCGGAGGAGGCGGCGGCGGCCACCGCCUCGCUGCCCCCGUUUGCCUGCGGCGCCUGCGCGCGGCGCUUCGCGCAGGGCCGGGAGCUGGCGGCCCACUGGGCGGCGCACACCGACGUGAAGCCCUUCAAGUGCCCGCGCUGCGAGCGCGACUUCAACGCGCCCGCGCUGCUGGAGCGCCACAAGCUGACGCACGAGCUGCAGGCGGCCGGCGCGCCCCCCGCGCAGGUCUGGGUGGUGGGCGCCGUGCAGGGGGCCACGCCCGACGCGGCCGGAGAGCUGUUCCUGCAGCCCGCGGGGCCCGCUGCGCCCGAGCUGCCCGCGCUGCUGCCCCAGGGCGAGGGCGAGGGCGAGGCCCCGGGGGCGGGCGCCGCCGAGCCGGAGGACACCCUGUACCAGUGCGACUGCGGGACCUUCUUCGCGUCGGCCGCCGCGCUCACCGGCCACCUGGAGGCGCACUCGGGCCCCGCCACCUACGGCUGCGGCCACUGCGGGGCGUUGUACGCGGCGCUGGCCGCCCUGGAGGAGCACCGGCGCGCCAGCCACGGCCAGGGGGGCGGCCCGGAGGCGGCGGCGGCGGCGGUGGCCCAGGCCCAGGCCCAGGCCCAGGGGGAGCCCGCGCCCGGCGCCGGCCGCACCAAGAAGAUCUUCGGCUGCUCCGAGUGCGAGAAGCUGUUCCGCUCGCCGCGCGACCUGGAGCGCCACGUGCUGGUGCACACGGGCGAGAAGCCCUUCCCGUGCCUCGAGUGCGGCAAGUUCUUCCGCCACGAGUGCUACCUCAAGCGCCACCGCCUGCUGCACGGCGCCGAGCGCCCCUUCCCCUGCCACAUCUGUGGCAAGGGCUUCAUCACGCUCAGCAACCUGUCGCGCCACCUCAAGCUGCACCGCGGCAUGGACUGAGCGCGCCGCCGCCGUCGGGGGGUCUGAGCGGCACCCCCACCGGAGCCUUAGCUGCACCACGGCAUGGACUGAGCGCGCCGCCGUAGGGGACCUGAGCUGCACCCCCUCCCCCACAGGGCACGGACUGAGCACCCCGUCCUCUGAGGGUCUGCUGUGCGGGGGGAGGCUGGCCUGCACCCUCUCUCAGGGCACAGACUGAGUGCCCCGCAUUCCCAGGGGACACGGACAGAGGCCCCCCCUCACUCUGCCCGGGCUGAGCCGAACCUGGGGGCCAGUGCUGGCUGCAAAGACGGGGUCCCCUGAGCUGAGGAACAGCGGAGUGAGGCUCCCCGACAGGGCACCCCCUGGAUUCCCAGAGAGAAUCCAGCCGAGGCUGAGCUAGCAAUGGGAAACGGGUCUCCCCAGCUACUUCUCAUCUCGAGGUCCCUGCUCAGAAACCAUGGGGCACCCCUGCCACCCCUGAAGGGAGACAGCCCCGCCACGCCCACUCAGAGCCAUCAUCCCCCCACCUGGGUCUGGAGGACAGUGGGGGUCAUGUACCCAAGCUUCCCUGGAUCCCCUCCCAGGGCGGCUCAGAUCCCAGGUGGCCCCAGAAAGCUGAUCAAGCCAGAGCCUGCCUUGCCCGUCUCAUUCCCGUUGCUGAGAGAGGACCAGGAUAGGUGCCCCUGCCCCUGGCCCCAAUCUGGUCCUGCGGAAGGGAUCAGCCCCCCGCCCCAACCUGGAGUGGGCUGGCUCCAGACGCCCACCCUGUAGGUGGAUUCAGAUGCACCCCGGCUGCUCGGAUGGGCCGGCCGGCUUGAGGCCUGCACCUCACCCUCCUUAGAAUGAACACGGAAGACUCCGCACCCCUCCCUGGAGAGCCGGGGAGGGUCCACAUUGCCCCCCACCCCCAUCCUGGCUGGAGUGGUCACCGCCCUCCCGCCCCGCCCCAGCCCCUAGUCCGUCUCCCUCCGUCUCUCCCCACACACCACUGUUCCUAACCCCGGGGGAAGGAGGUGGGCUAGCACAGCCUCCGGAAACCUGACCUCCCACCUCGCCCAGUGUCCCCAGGCCCCAAUAAACCCCGUCCUGUUUCCCCCGCUGUGAGGGUUUCUCCUUGGCGGGGUUGGGGUGUGGGGCUCCCUCCUGACCCCCCCUCCCCGUUUACUAUCACUUCUUAUUUUGCACGCGGGGCCUCCAGCAUGUGUGACCUCACUGCUCCUGGGCCGACGUGUUCAUUCUUUAUUUUCUAGAUAAAAGGGGAGAGACCCCAGACCCCGGCGCUGCUCCAUCUGUGGAGCCCCCUCCGCGGUGCUGUGGUCAGCGGCUAAGCCCCGCCCCCAGAUUAAACCCCGCCCCUAGGACAAGCCCCGCCCACCGGGCUGAGCUGGCGGCGGGCCAGGUUGCCAUGGAGAUGCGGGCGCGGGCCUCCACCGAGUGGGUCUCUCCCUUGGGGGGGCGGGAGAUAAGCGGCCUCAGCCCCGCCUCCCGCUCUUUCCCAGGGGGCGACCCCAGGGCACCUGCACCCCCCCAACCCGCCUGGUGCCGAGCUCCCCGCCCCGCCCCGUGACCGUGACCGGGAAGGGCGCUCUGCGGCUGGGACAGUCCCGGGGGGCCAGGGGGCAGCAGAGGAGGGGGAGCUCUGCCCUGGAGGCGGGCGAGAGGGAGGGGUGCGCAGGAGAUGGAGAGCUGCCGGGAGACGACGGGGGUGGGGGCCCCCCCUCAUCUGCGCGCGGCCCCUGCAGAUUUCCCGGGCGCAGGGAGAGCCGGUGACCCGCCACCCUGAGACACUGGCGCACAGCCGGACACAGGGUGACCGCCAUCCAGCAGCAGGGCGCUGCCCCUCCCACCACAGAAUAGCUCCACGGAUAGCGCGCCGGCCACGGGAAGGUGCGGCCGUGCGGUGUCCUUCCGGUCUCUGCAACAGCCCUGGCGGAGUCCCGGCCCCACCUGCAGGGGGAGAGCCGGGGGCGAAGUGAGUGGUGAAGCCGGGCUGCAGGUGUCUGUUUCUCUCCCUACCUCCCCCUUCCUGGCUGUCUCUACCCAAUAAAUAAAGAUAACCAUAAUUUUAAAAGUCA